GUUGAGCCAUGUCGGCCAUUCCAAUGAUGUGGCGUAGAAGGCUGCGCCGCUUGGGCAAAUUGGCUUUGGCAGCUGCAGCUGCAGGUCUUUCCGUGCUUGCGUACCAAAAAUUUCAGGAAAGAUGGCGUCGAAAACAGCUGGAGGAGCACCUGGAAAGGUGGACAAGUCGAGGACCAGCCAAAGAGCCGGUGGUGGAAUGUCAGGUGCCAGUGGAGCAUGGUGCAUCAGGGGAGGAUUUGGAGUACGACGUGGUGGAGGUACCUGUGGGUCUCGCCUUUGAAUGCGAGAGGCUAAGGCACCAGCUCCGAGAGAAAUUCCUUUGUGAUGACCUCAAGCUGGUGGAGGAGUUGUCAAGCUACUUUGCAAAAAAAGGAGGAGAGGAAGACGAAGAGGAGGAAGCUUUACUGCAAUUGCCAUGGAUCGACUUGGCUGCCUUGGCACAGCUCACGUAUUGGUACGAUCGACGGCCUCGUGGUGAUGAGGAGGUGGAACUUCCCAAAGAGGAGCGACCUCGAGAUGCCAAGUACGGGCGGUGGACCAAGAAGAUCAGCCGGGAGAAGGUGAUCUAUUCUUCUGUGGGGCUGAAGUCUCGAGUUCGUACCCGAGGACAUCUUGGAGCCAAGGUAUUUCGCCGACCGGCUGGAGUGGAUGUGACCCGUUUGUCCACACUUCAGCGUGCGGCAUCGCUGUGUGGUCAUGACCCAUUGCUAGAGCUGGUUGAGACCACCAUGGAGAGCCUGAGACCGCGGAACGUGGCACGGAUUCCAUGGUCGGAGGUGGAAAAGCACAGCAGCAAGGAUGACCUUUGGCUUCUGAUCGAUGGCAAGGUCUAUGACGUGACCUCCUUCCUAUCGCUUCAUCCAGGCGGUGGUCAACUGGUGGUGGAUGCCGCUGCACAGGAUUCCACGUCGCUCUUCGAGCGGACGCAUGGAGAAGGACUCAGGUAUUCCCUGCGGCUGUUGAACCAGUUCUUCAUCGGUGUUUGCGAGAACCCUGGCGAGGCAAAACCUGCAGAGGAGGAGCAGCCGACACCCGAGUUCCUCAGCACCUUGAGGUCGAUCACUGGUGCACUCCAUACCUUUGAUGAGGCCAAGGCCACUGGAGAAGCUCAAGGCAUUUUGAGAUUGUGCAGUCUGUUGACCAAAGUUGGUCGCAACAAAAGCAGAGCGAAUCCGCCGUUGGAGCGACAGUGGCGAGAAGUGAAUAAGUGA